AUGGCAAAUAGUAUUACUCCCGCCGGACCUCCACCUGCAGGUCAAACGUCGAACUUUAUCAACCCUGAUUAUGGUGGUACCAAGCUCCUGGUGGUGAAUUGCGUGUUUCUUCCGUUGGCUGUCAUUGCCCUUGCAGUGCGAAUAUGGACACGAUUCUUUAUCGUACGAAUCUUCCGCGCUGAUGAUUUUUUAAUGGUUAUGGCUUUUGUAUUAUCAUGUGUCCUUACCGGAGUAGUUUUAGAUAUGCUGAAUUGGGGCCUGGCAAAGCAUAUGUGGGAUGUUCCUUUAUUUGAAUACUCACCAAUGUUUAAUAAGUUGAAUCUCACCGCCGCCAUUAUCUAUUGUGCAGCCACUGGGUUCACCAAAUGUUCCGUCCUAAUCUUCUACCUCCGAAUCUUCCCAAGUCGCAAAUUUCAUACCGCCGUCUGGUCCCUCGUUUUCAUUGCAGCUGGAUACAGCUUCGCCAGUGUACUUGCAAAUAUUUUCAGCUGCACUCCGAUUGCCAAGUCCUGGGACUCUACAAUAACUACAGGAUCCUGUAUGAACCGACCUGUCUUUUACUUUGCCAAUGCUGGCUUGGGUAUUUUUACAGAUUUCGCGACGGUUGCUGUGCCGAUACCAUGGAUUCGUCGCUUGCAGAUGCCUAUGCGGCAGAAGAUGGCUGUUUGCGGGAUUCUUGUAAUUGGAUGCUUCGUCGGAAUUGUGAGCAGUAUCCGCCUUGCUACUAUCUACUUCCUUUUGAAGAGUACUGAUCUUACUUGGACGACUACCAAGGCGCUUAUGUGGUGCAUAAUCGAACUGAACCUUGGAAUCUUCGGUGGCUCUGUCACAGCCAUGCGACCCUUUUUUCGACGAUACUUCCCCUAUCUCCUUGGUUUAUCCUCCGCCAGCGGAUACUAUGAAUCAGAUUCUCGAAAACAAUCACUCCCCUUGAGCUCUUUCCCCCGAGGCGAGCAAAUCGACUUCUCGCACCGCGAUCAUCACUACUCUGCUACACUCACAGCAUCCCGAAUCGCACCCGAUAAUGACAGCGAGGAGCAUAUAUUGUUUCCGAAGAAUGUUGCGCUAAAGGGGGUAGAUGGUAUCAUACGGACGGUGGAAUUUGAUAUAGAGGACAUAUCUACUGAGAUGCGGUAA